AUGUCUGCCGUAUCCACCAGCUCUAGCCUCUCCCAAUUUGAUCUGAAGCAGCAUGGAACAAUUCCGGAUUACGAUGCCGUUCUGAAAGAGUACGUCAUUGAUGCUGGUUUUCCCCUCUCGCAAGGAUGGGACGCUUCGCUGCGCAGAAAGCUGUACGACAACUGCAAUCCAUACCAUUCCACAACGCCGGCAACUUCAAUCAACCUCCACACCUUUGAAAACUCGCCUUUUCCCGCACCUAUGGACCCAUUGUUCUUUGCCCUUCCCAUUGUUCUGCCUACAAACACAUAUGAUCCAGAGAGCUCUAUAUUCGACCACCACGGCUAUAGCCAAGACUAUAGCCAGAGCACUUUGCAUCACGAGCGGUUUCUUGCCACUUGGGAAGGUUACCGGCUUGUCUUGGAGGAGCUCCAGUCUCACCAAGAGCGGAUCAGCCGCUUGAGACGGCGCUUUUUCCUGUCAGACGGCGAUUCCAUGGAUAUUGCCGAAACUCACCGUAUGGAAUGGCUCUUUUACCGCUAUAACCAAGCGUGCAGCUCCAUUUGUUCUGACGGAGACGUGGAAGCAUUCCUGGCCUUUUCCUUUCGCAGCAGCCCGCUGAUGACUCUUCUCAUUACAAAGACAGACGUCCUUUUCAAGCGGAGACAGAUCCGCAUCAAAAGAAAAGCUGUCAAGUUCGGCAAGAAGAUCAAGAGUUUGUUCAGACGAUGCUUAGGACAUCAGAUUUAA